GCCUCUCAGAGGAGGAGAAUCGGUUAUUCCAUCUGAAAAUCGAUCAAAAUUGUAUUCUGUCGAUAUCAGUAAUUUAUUAUUAUGCAUCGGGCAAUUAUUGCCAUCAAUUUGUAAUGAUUCCGAAGAGCUUGUUGGAUUAUUUUUGAACAAUCAAAGUAAACUUUUAAGAGACGUCCAUGUUAAAAGUCAAGAAUUAUUUUCAUUUUUCAUCCUGAGAACAUCCCCGCUUGAUUCUUUGAUGAAAAUUUUUCGAAAAGGAAUUGAUAACUUACAUUUAAGUAAAAAUAAAUCGAAUACAAUUAUUCCUUGGAUUAUUUUCGCUUUGCCGAAUAUUUUUCGACAAGAAAAAAUAAUUAAAAAUAUAUCAAAAAUUGGCGACUUCGAUGAUAAUAUCGCAAUAGCUUUAGAUUUAAUGGUGUUAAAUCAUCAACCACAACCAAACUGGAGUCUUUUAUUAAAAGUAAUUUGUAUGAGAAAUUGUAAAAUCGCAACAAUAAUUUUAGAAGAAACUUUGUCAGGUGGUGAAAUUUCUUUGAAAAAGAAUUUAAUAAAAUGUAAUCGAUUUUUAUGUUCGGAAAUUUGUACCACAUCAAUUAAUUUUGAUUAUUUUGAAAUUAUAUCAUCGAUAACUCACAUUUUUUUGAUAAUUGGAAAUAAAUUUGAUUUGGAAGAAAUUUUUUUACCGCUAAUCAUAAAAUAUGCUAAUUGGAGUAAAUGUUUUGAUAGACGAGAGAUAUGGAAUCAAAAUCGACCACCUUUUUUCGAAGCUUUAAUCGAAAACAUUCAAGAAACCCUCCCUCCGAUUUCAAAAACCGUAAUUAAUGCAGUUCAAACCGGAGCAAGCAUGUAUCAAGCAAUGUCAAUCGUUUUAGCAUGUUUUAGUCAACUUUGGGAUUGCAUUAACAUGAAUAUCGUUUUAAUUUGUAAUUUAUUUCAAGAAAAUUUACCUUCCGAUGUCACCCCGAUUGGAAACUCCGUUUUGUUACAACUAUUAUUAAGUGCAUUGUAUUCAGAUUUAUUAAAAAUUGGCGAAAUUGAAAAUAAGAAGGUAAAAAUUAAAGAAACAACACCAGUUUUGAGCCAACAUAAAAACUCUUUAACAAGUUUUGACGGAUUUAAUAAUUCAAGUGAUGCAAUAGCUUUAGCCGUGGCGGAAGCUUUAUGUAGUAUUGAUGAAGAUAAUAAACACACCGAGCAAAUAGUUGAGGUUCUAAAACAAGUAAGCGAUGAGUUAGAAGAAAAUUUUAUAUCUUCCGAUGGUUGUAAAAGAACGGAAAGCACUCAAGAGGUGGUUGAAGUAUUAUGUAGUGAAUUAUUGGGUGAUUUGAAUGGAAAAAGAAGUUUAAAAAUUUUGCUUGAUUUCGUUAGAAAUAAUUCGGAUUUUUUUAAUUUCAAAUUGGGGAUUUUAGACGUUACAUCGCAGGCGAUUUAUACUAAAAUAUAUCGUUCAGCUUUAUUACAUACGAUGUUUCACAUUGAAUAUCGUCCGUUUGAUCAACUUUUAUCGGGGUUAUGGAAACCUGAUUGGAAUCAACUUUUAACAACUCCGAUGGGGCUAACUCCGGAAAGAAUUUGGUCCAAUCUUUCGUAUCGUUGGGAAUUUAAAGAUUCCAAUUUUUAUAAUCUCCCGAAUAAUGAAGCACAAAUCGUAAGCAGUUUAACUUCGAUGUUAAAACAGCAAAAUUGAGGUUUAAAGUAUAUUCAUUUUUAUUAUUAAAAAAUUUGAUGUCUUUUUUUUAGGCUUAUUUAAAUUAAAAAAAUAUAAUUGUGGUAAAAAUAGCUUUAGUUGUUGUGGAAACUUUAUGUUGUAUUGAUGAAGAUAAUAAACACACUCAGUCACUA